UAAACUAAACUCGCCAUCCUUGUUUAGUGAGUACAAUGACUAGACACGCUAAAAACUGCACGGCAGGAACGGUUUACACUUAUCACGAGCGAAAGAAGGACACCAAAAAGUCUGGAUAUGGCAGUAAAUCUGUGCGCCUUGGCAGAGAUUCUGUAAAGAACUUCGAUUGCUGCUGUUUAACACUACAACCUUGUCGUGAACCAGUUGUGACACCAGACGGGUUCUUGUACGACAGAGAGGCAAUUUUAGAGUGUUUGUUACAUCAGAAAACCGAAGCUGCCAGGAAAAUGAAAGCUUUUGAAAAGCAGAAGAAGAAGCAAGACGCUGAAGAAGCUGGAAAGGUAGAGGAAAAAGAGAAAUCCAAAGUUGAAUCGUUUGUCAAUAUGGAGAAGCGACUUACCACAAAACCAACGAGUGCAUUCACUGCAUCAAAAGAUAGAAGUGUCAAUGGAUCGUCUGCUGUCGCUGAUGAACAGCAACCAUCUACCUCUAGUGGUGGCUCAGGUGGCAAUGAUAAAAAUCUUCAAAGUUUUUGGGUCCCAUCCUUGACACCUGAAGCUAAACCCACUCUUUUGAAGAAACCAGAUACAAAAACCUACUGUCCCAUGAGUAGUAAACCUCUGAGAAUCAAGGAUCUGAUUGCAGUCAAACUAACACCGAUAGACGAUGGUGAUGACCGACCAAUGGUGGCAAAGUCUGAAAGGUACAAGUGUGCUGUUACUCAUGAUGCACUUGGUAAUUCUGUUCCCUGUGCAGUUUUAAAGAACACAGGAAAUGUGGUGACUAUGGACUGCAUUGAGAAGCUAAUUAAGAAAGACAUGCUGUGCCCAUUUACUGGCUUGAAAUUGAAAGAAAGUGACAUCAUUCCACUGCAGCGUGGAGGAACAGGGUUUGCUGGUGCAGGCACACAAUUGGAGGCAAAAAGAGCAGGGCCAGUUUUACAAGCCUGAAACAAUAUCAAGUAGUGACUCUCUGUGGUUCUCUGAAGAAGAAGAACUCUACAUGUAUAUGUUGAAUUUGUAGUGUCAGACACUCUGCAGAGACAAAGAAAGUAGGGCCAGUCUACAAGACAUGCUGGGUCAUCCGAUAGACCUAAAUAAAACCAAGUCUCUGAAAGGGACUCGCUGUACAUGUUGUUUAUAAAUUCUUCCCGUUUUGCAAUUUUUUCAAACCAAUUUUUUCUUAGUUUGUUCUCCUUUGUCGGAUAAGACACAAACAAAAUCAAACUUACACUGACUUUAAAAUUUUGGACCGCAUGUAUGUAUGUACUUACAUGUAGGUUCUCUACUGUAGAGGCACGUGAUACACGUGUGUACGUUAUCACUUGAAACC